UGGCAGCUCCAGGCAGCACCUUCUUCAGCGGCGUUAGAUCCUGGGUGACCGGCUGGGGCGACACUGGAUUUGGAGUCUCCCUUCCUCCCCCAGGAAACCUAAUGGAGGUGAAUGUGCCGAUCGUGGGGAACAGACAGUGUAACUGUAACUAUGGUGUAGGCUCAAUCACAAAAAACAUGAUCUGCGCCGGGUUAAGUGCUGGAGGGAAGGACUCCUGUCAGGGGGAUUCAGGUGGUCCGAUGGUGAGCAAGCAGGGCGGCCGCUGGAUCCUGGAGGGAAUCAUUAGUUUUGGAAUUGGUUGUGCCAAGCCUAAUAUCCCAGGAGUCUACACCAGAGUGUCACAAUAUCAGACCUGGAUCAACAGCCAGAUCACCAGCAACCAGCCAGGCUAUAUCACCUUCACGUCCAGUGGAACGGACAGUGACCUCAGCAUCGGCUGUGAUGGCCUGCCACCGCCUCCAACCACCUUCCCUACAACCACCCUCCCUAAAACCACUACAACCACACGUCCUCCAACCACCCUCCCUAAAACCACUACAACCACACGUCCUCCAACCACCCUCCCUAAAACCACUCCAACCACACGUCCUCCAACCACCCUCUCUCCAACCACUACAACCACCAUUGCCAAACUGUGCGGUAUAACUCCGCUCAACACCAGGAUUGUUGGAGGACAGAACGCCCCUGUGGGGAACUGGCCCUGGCAAGCCAGCCUGCAAUCAUCUGGUAGCCACUUCUGUGGAGGAUCCCUCAUUAAUAAUGAAUGGGUGCUGACUGCUGCUCACUGCUUCCCAAGGAUCCCAACAGGUUUGACUGUGUUUCUGGGUCUCCAGAGUUUACAGGGACCCAACCCCAAUGGGGUGUCUCGGACGGUAACAACCGUCAUCAAACAUCCUAACUAUAACUCCAAUACUAAUGAUAACGACAUCUGCCUCCUGAAGCUCUCGUCACCGGUGACUUUCACAGAUUUCAUUGUUCCUGUCUGCCUGGCAGCUCCAGGCAGCACCUUCUUCAGCGGCGUUAGCUCCUGGGUGACCGGCUGGGGCGACACUGGAUCUGGAGUCUCCCUUCCUCCCCCAGGAAACCUAAUGGAGGUGAAUGUGCCGAUCGUGGGGAACAGAGAGUGUUACUGUAACUAUGGUGUAGGCUCAAUCACAAAAAACAUGAUCUGCGCCGGGUUACGUGCUGGAGGGAAGGACUCCUGUCAGGGGGAUUCAGGUGGUCCGAUGGUGAGCAAGCAGGGAAGCCGCUGGAUCCUGGGGGGAAUCGUAAGUUUUGGAAAUGGAUGUGCCCAGCCUAAUUUCCCAGGAGUCUACACCAGAGUGUCCCAAUAUCAGGCCUGGGUCAACAGCCAGAUCACCAGCAACCAGCCGGGCUUCAUCACCUUCACAUCCAAUGGAACUGACAGUGACCUCAGCAUCAACUGUGCUGACCUGCCAUGAUUAUUUGUCAUUGACAUAAAGUGUCACCCUAAACUGACAUACAGAAGGAUGCAUUUAUGAUUACUUUGCAGA